AGGUAGCACAGACCUAAGUACACUUUUUUGGAGAAAACGUUCAUUAUUUGUAAGAUAAUGUAUCUGAAAUGAACAACAAGUACGGGACAAAGAGACUUAGGUUUAUUUUACUUUGUGUUUACUGUUUUUCCGGCCUGAUCGUCCCUUCUAUUCUUGCAAAUGACGUCCAGCUGACGUAUCUUGAGAAUGAUGCCACGUUUAUCACCGGAACAUCCCCCCAAGUGGGCUCCAACGCCAACCUUGGAAUUUACCCUCACUGGUGUCUGGGAAACAUCAACAAAUGCUCCGAUGGCAUAACUGUCUCAUUCUUCAUCAAACCGAAAAAAGCAGACGAAACAUCACCGGAAGCUGUCAUCAUUACUUCCGGUGGCCAUUCCUUCUUCUCCGAGGGGUUUUAUCUUCUGCAAAAGUAUGGCGACCAGUAUGAGUUCGGAGUUUCAAAACAAGACAAAGUCUGGAGACAAAAGUUCAGACUGCUUCCCAAUCUUUGGAGCAACAUCUUUGCUUCAUGGAAUGACAGCGCCGGGCUGAAACUCUACGUCGACGGGUAUCUGAUGAAGAGGGACGACCCCGAAAAGAGGGAAUAUGAGGACGACAGUUUUGACCCAUUUUCCGAGAUUGUCAUCGGGCUAGAUCAAGAAGGAUUACCCAUCAACAGCACAAACUUGUUUGAUAUUGAUAACCUUGUAAUUUUCAAUUCAGUUAAAAGCCCACAAGAGUACUCUAUAGACCAGCGUGGUUACUAUUUAGGAUGCAAAAUACAUAGCUCAGAUGAAGGUUCAUCUCUCGAUUUGUCAACUUCCAAAAAUGCAGUUCACGAUUGUAGGACGCAUUGCGACAGUCCUCUUAUGGAAAUACGUUCAAAUGAUAAAUGCAGAUGUUUGAAUCUUGAUGCUCUGAAGCUGAUUAUAACAGACGAUCGAUGUACUUCCGGGUCAGAGGUCGGGAAAAUUUACUCUGUAUCAGGACGCACAACAACACACAGUUAUCACCUUAAUGCUACGGUAAACCCUUUACACACCAGACCGUAUACUAAACCACUGGAAACCGUUCGCGUUGAAAUUGAAACGAACUUUGUGGUAAUGAAUAACAUUGAUGUUAAUUUUGGAGAUGGCUUGUCGAUGAGUACCAAACAGAAAGUCCUCAGUCACUUUUGGGCUUCAGAAGGUGUGUUCACCAUCACUAUUGCCACAACUAUUGGGGACAUUCUUUUGAGAAAAACUGUAGAUUUCGAAGUAAAAGACGUGGAUGAGGGCAUUCCCCCUGAGAUGUCAGUCGUUUCAGCAAACCAUUUGCAAGUUCAACUAUCAGCAGAGUAUCAGCUUUUGUCCUUCGGUGAAUACGACACAGAAUGUUCCGUCAGAUAUGGAGACGGAAACAUUUUCCACCAAUCGCAUAAAUCCGGCUAUUUGAACGCGUUGUACGUUAACCAUACAUACGAUUUGUAUGGUCAAUAUCUCAUAGAUUACAACUGUUCAAAUGCAUAUGGGGAAACUAAAAAUUCGACAAGAUUUUUAUCUCGGUUUUUUGACAUACCAUUUCUUUACUACAACACUGAAGAAUCCUUUUUAUUUAGAAUUCAUGGAUCUAAAAGUUAUCUUGAGAAUUUAAAUAUUUUUCGCAACGACGUGCAAGAAUUAAAUUCAACAGUUCAAGCAAAUGGAAUCUUGAUCAAUUCGUUAGAUUUGCAACCUUAUGAAAACCUUGUUACUAUAAAAAAUGGAGACAUCACGCUUAUUAAGCGCAUUUUCUACGUUCAGCAUCUUGUACAGAAAGCAACAAUCACGCCAAUCAAAAGAAGCAACGCUUGGUACCUUACAACGAACAUCACUAUAGAGAUUCCCGCUGGUUUGGAAACUUUCAUCAAUUGCUCAUUUGGCAUUGGAGAUAGCUAUAUGUUUUAUAUUGACAAGUCAGACGUACCAUUAGGCAUGCUGUUCGAAGUCGAAUAUCCUUCCUUGGGAUACUAUCCGGUUAUCGUUGAUAUGACCAACGACAUAAGUACCUCCCGGAAAGAAGACCUCAUAUCAGUUGAGGUCCCCAUUGUGACCAUCAAGCUAUCUACCAGUAACAUAACGGAUAAGACCCUUCCUGUGAUUCUAAAAGUGGACUUAAAUGGUGAUUCGCCAGGACCAGACAAAGUGGAGUUUAACGUUAGACACGGAGACGGCCAUGCUGAUGACGUCAGCUACAGAAGUCCGACGACACAGAAGUUUACAACUUUCCAAAAUAAGUAUAUUUACGAAAACUGGGGGAUAUAUAGAAUAUGCGUCACUGCAAAAAAUCAAAUAAGUGAAGUUUUCCAGUGCAUUUUAGUGCAAGUCGGUCAAAAUCUAACUCACGUUGACUUAAAAACAUCUACGUCUGGCCGUGUUCUUCAAAAUGAUUACGCAGAGGUAAACAUUACAAGUUAUACCGGAUCUGACGUCACCUAUGAUGUGUAUUUUGGCAGCGAAAAGUUUACUUUUACAGAUAAACAAUUACAAAAUGGCAAUGUCACAGUUGAAAGUGAAAUACUUAUAGAUGAUUCAAACAGCACACUUACCAAUGAAACAGUAUCAGAUGAAUCUGCAAGUAGUGCAGGUCUUUUGACAACAAUCAUUUCUUUGUUGUUUGAUCAGAACUCAACCACGACAACACCACCCACAAUAAUUGCGACGGAACCAGUAGCUACAGCAGAAGUAGAAAAUGAUCGAAGAAGAAGAUCUGUAGCACCACGUCCAAAGUUUUACGCUUUCCGAGUGACAGAGGAGAUUAUCACUGUUGCACACCUGUUUCUAAAAAGUGGACGGUUUCGAGUGAAAGCAAGGGUACGGAAUGCCUUUUCUGCUGUUCGAACAGAACUUUGCCAAACCAUCAUUGUGGACGACUUGGAUGACAAAAAAUGCCAAAAACCAAAAAUAGACUUUGAAAAUGUUAAGUCUUCUGUAAACAGUCCUAUAAGAAGAAUCCGCUCAGAAGAAUUCAACAUAACUGUUGUUUCAGAAUCGUCUUGCGUUUCAGGAAGUCAAUUUACAUAUUCUUGGAAAGCCGAGAAAUUUAACAAGGGCAAGUUGGAACCGAUUAGCGAAGUCUGUUCUAUGGAAUCCAACAACAAUGUGUUGGUUAUUCCGGCAGUGUACCUUUCCUAUGGUUUGUACCGACUCACAGUUUCUGUCGCUCCUUUGGGGCACAGUUUAAGAUCAACAGAAAAGCAGGUGUUUUUGUCAAUAGAAGCCUCAAACCCAUACGCCGAAAUAGCAGGCGAGCAGGAGACGGAUUUUCUCAUAUACGCAAACGCAGUUUUUGAUUUGAAUCCUUCCCGCGAUCCGGAUUUGGUGACGAAAAGCAAGACUGGGCUAGAAUUUGACUUGAUCUGCAUAAAAAGCGAUAAUUUUGAUCAAGCAAACACACUAUCCUUUCAACAAUUGAAGUCUAAAUCAACAUUGAUUUUUCAAGAAAAAAUGCUGAAAGAAAGCACGGCUAAUCCUGUUAAGCUUUACGACAAUGGAGACUGUUUCAUGAAUGUUGAAAAUAUGACAAAAUCUGUCUCUACAUUUGAUGGCCGUGUGUCCUUUCCCGCGGAAUAUUUUGCAGCGGAGGAAUUUGUAAUGAAACUUUAUGUUUCGAAAGAGGGACGAGUAAAUAGUACCAACCAGAGGGUAAAAAUCAAGCUGACUAAUUCCACAGACAUUAAAGGACAACUGGACGCGAUGUCUAGUAUCAAAGACUGUGGGAGUUUAUUAAGAGCUGUAGCAGUGGUUUCUGGAGAGUUCCUAACAGGGGGCAACGACACCAGUGAUGAUCAAGAAGAAGAAUUGACUGAGGUUCGCGAAUUUAUGACAGGCCUUCUUGAUAAUUUGGCCGAUAAAACAGAGAAUCUUGACCAAUGCAAAGGAGUUGCAAGCGCAGUUGCUGACCUGACGUCAAAUCCCGACCAGACCAGUUCCUCCUCCCGAUCAUCUGGAGGCAGUGCUGUCAACAAGAGCAUGACUACAAUGAAGGAAAAGUUUGGGAGCGCCAACUUUGAUUCUGUAAGAGAUGCGUCUGCUAGCGCUGUAACGGGGAUGAGUAAUUUGCUACCCAAAGAAGACAAGGCAGAAGUGGAAGCACAGAAACGGAGAAAGAAGCGAGAAGCCGCUCAAAAUCCAGACCAUGGUCUAACAGAAGGCAACCAGGAAGAAACCGAUUCCUAUGAUCUCAUAAUGAAGGAAGAAGACGCAAAUCUUCAUCGGUUCUUUGAUGACUUGUACGAGUAUGUGUUCAUAUUCAAGAAGGCCUUUCGACGUGCCGUCAAAAACUAUUAUAAUAUAAUGUGGAUAAAUAAGGAGGCUACUUUAGCUGAUGCAGAACAGUUUUUUCGGAAGGUCAUUAUUGAAUGGGAACCGUUUGAUGUCGAGAGGUAUUUGCUGAAGUACUGCAAACAUGAAAAAUACCUGCUCGAUAAGGAUAAGUUGGAGGCGGAUAAAUCUGUUGCAUCUGCUAGUACUGGGGCCGUUGAUUCCAUAUCAGGAUUGCUGCUUGGAAAGAUGGAAGCCUCUAGAAGACGCAGAAGACGCAGAUCGCUUCCAGGAAAUGGAACGCAAGCGGAAGCGGAAGUAGAAGGAGAGGACGAUCUGGAACAGGAGUGCGCAAUUAAUGCCCCUGGAAUGGGUCUUGGAUUGAAAAAUAUCGACCCUGAUCAACCAGGACCUGCUCAAAUGUCCUCGAGUUUUGGUAGUUUUGAGAUACCAGAGGGAGUCAUCCCGAAAUCUUCAGACGGUGGCGGAGUCGGUACAACUUUGGUCACCACAAAAGGAAAUCCAAAAACGUGGGGCUCUAACUCUAAUGGCAUUAAAUCGUCCGUGUUAUCACUGGAUCUAACCGGCAGCGGGGGAGGAAGCAAGAUGAAAGUGAACAACACCAAAGCACCAAUGAGACUCAUGAUUCAAGGAAAAGCAGAAGAUGUGCCGGAGCCAAGUCAGUGGAUGCUAUGUGUUCCUAGGGGCGUGUCUCCGAAAGACGCCACCCAGUGGAACAACCACCCAGUUCCGGUCACGGAAAACGACACCGCGCUCCACUUCCUGUUGUGGCCUGAUAGAAAAGGUGAUAAAUUUAACGUCUAUUUCAAGUUUAAAGACCGACCGAACGCCACCCAUUACGACUAUAAGACAAUGAUGCCGCACGAUCCGACCGAUUUUCCUGGUUAUCAAAACAAGGAUCCCGAGGUGUUGAAUCAGUUGCUACAUACUUUCUACCCGCCCCAGAAUAUGACCAAACUCAACGGAACAUACUGGGUCAGCAUUGGAAUCGCAAAAACUGACGUAGAUUUCGGUAGCAGUGAGACGUGCUUAAACUAUUCCACGCAGACGUUUGUUCCAAGCUGUAAAUUCUGGGACGAUGUAACGCAAACGUGGAAAGGAGAUGGGUGUAAAGUUGGUAACGGUACAACAAAAUGGAAUACCGAGUGCUUGUGCACUCACUUGACAUCUUUUGGUGGAGAUUUUGCAGUGCCCCCAAACACGAUUGACUUUUCUAACGUCUGGGCCAAGUUCGCAAAUCUGAACGAGAAUGCUGCCGUAUUCUCUACCGUCGUCGCUCUGAUUGGUGUAUAUAUCAUGUUACUAAUUUGGUCCCGUUAUAUGGAUAAACGAGACAUAAUAAAGUGGGGAGCCACACCGCUGGAGGACAACCUGCCGUCAGAUAACUACCACUACCAGAUGACGGUACAGACGGGCGUCCGUAAGAACGCCAGCACCACGUCCAAAGUCAGCUUCAUCGUGUCGGGAGAGAACGGAGACAGCGGCGUCAGACGGCUGUACGAUGGUCAUAGAAAGGUCCUUGAAAGUGGAAGCAUCUUGAAUUACAUUUGCAGCGUAGAAAAACCACUCGGUUCCCUAACGUUCAUGAGGAUUUGGCACGACAACAGCGGCAGAGGAAAACAGAAGAGCUGGUUCUUGGAUCAAGUUCAAAUAACGGACCUACAGACGGGUGACAGAUAUAUCUUUCUAUGCGACCGAUGGCUGGCUUUAGAAGAGGAUGAUGGGAUGGUAGACAGGAUCCUACCUGUGGCUGGACUUGAGGAUUUAGUGGCCUUCAAACAACUGUUCUCUGCCAACGUCCGUAAAAAGCUCUCCAAUGAACAUCUCUGGUUCUCCGUCUUUUCGAGGCCCACUAAGAGCAGCUUUACAAGAGCACAGCGCAUUUCAUGUUGCAUGUCGCUUUUGUUUAUGACAAUGAUAACAAAUGCUAUGUGGUUCAAAUCAGACGACAAUGCAAAGCAGUCGCAGGCUCUGAAAGUUGGUCCGUUGUCAUUCACAGUGCAGCAGUUCUUUGUGAGCUUUGCCAGUACAAUGCUCGUAUUCCCAGUCAACUUUAUCUUGAUCACAUUUUUCAAAAAAUGUCGUCCAAAACAAAAUGCCGUCAUACAAAAACACCAACAGCAACCAAAACGAGGCAAGUGGAAGAACGUCACCAACGGCUCUCAGAUCUGGGGAGAUGCAGUGAUGCCGAGUCGAUGGAAGCGCUUUAAGGACUACAUUUCAGACCUGAUAAACUUCAAGCAAAAAGCUAAGUAUGGCGCAGAUGAUGACAUUGACGAGGACGAUGCGCCAAAAACUCGAAUAGUUGGAGUACCCGAGGAUGAAAAGGAGAAAAAGAAGAAGAAAAAGAAGCCUGGAACUCUACCGCAUUGGUGUAUCUAUAUUGCUUGGGUUUUAUGUUUCUUCAGCAUUACCUCCGCAGGAUUUUUCACGAUCCUGUACAGUUUAGAGUGGGGCAAAGAAAAGGCAAACGAGUGGCUGACCACUUUCCUUUUAUCAUUCUUCCAAUCUGUUAUUGUUGUGCAGCCUAUUAAGGUAAUGUUCCUGGUGGCGUUUAUAGCCUGUAUCCUAAAAAAGCCUGCUUUGGAUGAAGAAGACACAAAUGAAGACUUGAACAAUGUUAUUGCAGCACAUGAUGAGGAGUUUAUCGGGAAGGAUAAUGGAACAAUAGAAGAAAUUGCUGCAAAACGUAAAGAGGCAAACGCAGAAUUCCAACCACCAGAUCCCUCAACGCUGGAGGAGGCGAGACAACAACGUCUUAUAGAACUUAAGAUGGAAGAAGUCUUGAAAGAACUGUCUUCAUAUAUUUUCUUUGUUAUCAUAUUGUUCUUUCUCUCGUAUCAACAGAGGGAUUCAAACUCCUACACAUAUGCGACAAAUCUUAAAAACACAUUUACCCACAAUUUUGAAUCGAUUACUACUGUUGACCAGUAUUGGGUAUGGCUCGAAAACAAACUGAUUCCAUCGUUAUACGCAACGCAUUACCACAACGGAACAGAAAUCAAACGGUGGUGGGAGAAAAGAUGUAUCAAUGACAUGGCCUCCAGACGAGUGGGAAUCCCUCGCCUACGUCAGCUCAGGGUCAAACCAGAUACCUGUAAAGUCAAUAAGUAUAUGCGUGAAAUAAUCCUGCACUGCCGCGACGAGUAUGGAUGGUCAGAUGAUGAUGCUAAAAUCUACUUACCAAGAUGGCAAAAACCAGAUAAAGAAAACAUCACUGAACUCACUAAGCCCAAGAAUCCGGGACCUUGGGUGUAUCAAAGUUCAGUCAAGCUGGCCAAUGCCCCGUACAUGGCCACUAUGUCCACAUAUAAAGGCGGUGGAUAUGUGUACAUGUUUGAGAGAAAUGUAGAUCGAACCAAGCAAAAGCUGAGUGAACUAAAAAAUCAGAUCUGGAUGGAUGCGCAUACACGAGCAAUAUUUUUAGAAUUUACGGUAUAUAACCCAAACAUCAAUUUGUUCGGUUCGAUGAUCAUGGUGAUCGAGUUUUUACACUCCGGAGGAGCUAUUCCAAGAUUGGAGUGCAAGGUGUUUAGGUUGCUGAGUUACGUUGGAGGUCUAGGUGUCAUGGUCAUUAUUGCCGAAGUUAUUUAUACAAUUUUCAGUUUGUAUUUCUUUAUACGGUGUAUAAAAAAAUUAAAAAAGGAAAAGAUGAAGUACUUUAAGGGAUUCUGGAACAAACUUGAAUUUGCACUCCUCUGCUUUUGCGUCUCCGUCAUCGCCAUGUAUGCUUUAAAACACAUUCUUACAACUUUGGCAAUGAAUGCGUUAAAAGAUCCAGAUAAAGCUGAUUACGUCAAUUUCCAGUCCCUUGCCCUCUAUGAUGAGUUGUAUGGAUUCAUGUGCGGAUUUGUAGUAUUUCUUGCCACAGUCCAGUUCCUGAAACUGUUACAAUUCAACAAGAAAAUGGGUAUGCUCGGCGAGACGGUACAGUACGCCACCAAAGAUCUGAAAGUAUUCAGCAUCGCGUUCUUGCUUUACUUCUGGACAUUCACUGCAACAGGUUUCCUGCUCUUUAGCAACUCUAUGAUUUCUUACAGUAACGUUGUGGGUGCGGCAGAAUCCAUGUUCGCAUUCACAUUGGGCAGCUUUGAUUUCGUGGCCAUGCAAAGUGCUCAGCCUACGCUGGGUCCCAUAUUUUUCUUCGCGUUUAUCCUGGUUGUGUACGUUGGUCUGAUGAGUAUCUUUUUGACCAUCAUUGCUGACGCUUUCUCCACAGUUAAAGAAAAUAUGGAGGGAAAACAAAACGAUUACGAGUUUCUUGACUACUUCACCAAAAGACUUAAACAAGUCAUGGGGUUUGCCUAAACGGACAUCCUCGUUAAGACUAAUUGUUCUUAGUUAUUUGCUUCUAAAUAUUUGAAGAUGUCAAGUAGCGGUACGCAGCAAGUAAAUAAUUCGUCAAUAUGUUAUAAAACUAACAUUUGAUCUCUAAAACAGGUUCGAUGGCUAUAAUCUAAGCUGUAUUAAUUUAGAAAUUUAUAAAAAUAUAAUUUAUCAUCUUUGAAUAUUUUUAAUUUGAUCAAUAAGCCUUAAUUGAUACAAAAUAUUUACAUUCUUUGGAAGUCAUAGCUGUGUUUAAUUUCUUUUUGAAUGUAGUUUAAACACACCUUUCCCUGUUAUCACCGACUCACGUAGACGAAAGGCUAUUUGCCGAAGAAAAUGUUCAGUAUUGUUUACCAGUUUUGUAUAAGAAAAUAUAUAGCUGUUAUGAUAUUCAUCACAUAUCAGGUUAUUGUUGUCGUUAUUGUUUCAAUAAAAUCAAAGAGUCUUCACAA